AUGGCGGCCGACAACGAGAUUAACGGCGGACAACCUCUCUGCAUCGGAACCACAGUUGAUGUCGUGGCUGUCCCAGCGAUAGGCGCAGAUCCCAGGAGGACAUGGCUUGACGAGAAUUCCCAAACUCCGUGGCUUCUUUCCGACCUGACACGAUACAUCCCCAACGCCCGAGUGUUGCUUUCUGACCAUGGCCACUUGGACUCUCGAGACGACUUGGAGACUUUAGCCCAUAGGUUGCUAAAAUGGCUUAUAGAGGAAAGGCAGGCGACAAGCCUAAGACGCCCCAUCUUCUUCAUAUGCCAUAGUACCGGCGGCCUUGUUGCUAAAGCCGCACUUAUAAUAGCCAGUCAGCUGACAUCCAAGCUUGGUUCAAUCCUGUCGAGCUGCUACGGUGUUGCUUUCCUCGCGACUCCUCAUCAUGGCUCGAGUUAUCUGUCGGCUCCUGAAUUUACCAGGAGUAUUCAGCGCUUGAUGAGACUCAAACAUCGCAUCCCAUCUGGACUUCAAGAGCUCUUCAGACCAAGACAUCCCUAUCUUUUACAUCUCUCAAAUCAAUUCAGAUCGAUAUCGGCAGAUAUCAAAAUCUGGACCUUCUUGGAGACAGUCGAUUCGACACUCAGCAUCACCGACUCAGAGACCGGGGACUCUGUCGAUAUGCAUGUCCCCAUUACGUCAAUUCGGUCGGGUAUUCUAGACCUCGAGCAUGAGAAAGAGCUUCCUUUAGCUACCGAUCACCUUGGCACUGCGUGUUUCAAGGGCCAGGAGUUCACAACGAGGACGAGCUUCAUAAAUGAGCUUCAAGCAUCGGUCUCUACGGCCAUCAAUCUGUCUAAAAUGGCCGAUGCUCCUUUGGACGUUGAUUUAGAGGUUAUGGUGCAGGUUAGUGGCUUUUUUGAAGACACCGCGCGAGGCAUCAGUGAUGAAACACCCCUGAAACUCUGGUCAACCAAAGCAUCACUUAAGGAGUACUUGACAAGCGGACCUUCGUCAUGUUUGGGCGAGCGGCUAAAGAGAACGGCCGGAAUACCAUCUAGCAUCUAUGAUGACUCGUCCAUAAGCAGCUUUGAUAGCAGGCCGACGUCUGCUCAGGUUCGGUCAUCGAUGGAUGGCAUAGUUAAUCCAACAGCAAAACAUGCGAGUGAAUCUACAAGUCCUAAAGCACUCCCCCACCGGCCCUCAAUCAAGGAAAGUCGCAGUUUUCUCGGCCAAGCAUCCCCUAGGAUUCAUAUUUCUGAGCCAACCGGUCAAGGCUACUUCGACGUGCAGUCAGACUCCGCUGAAGAAGUGCAGAGGUCUGCCUCAUCGCAAGAAGAAGAUAAGGAAGAGGUUACAAAGAAUCAAGAAUCAGAUGCGAGCAACUUGCUGUCGAGUUUACCACCUAGAUAUAGGAGCUUCCUACCAAUUCCACUACCAUCCAGAGACAGCGCCGAUGAGCAGAGGGCAGAGAUGCCUCGAAGAGCUCCACGAUUUGACCAGCCAGAGCCGGGCAGCGAGAAGCUUCUUUGGAUCCACGUGCCUUAUACCCACACAGGAUGGGUACCGCCCAUACUUUCCAAAGCUUGUGAGGAUCAAGAGAGACAGGCUUUCUUGGAUAAGUUUAUCAAUGAGGAAAACUGGUAUUCAAACCUCAUCAGAGCUCGUCAUCUGGAACCCCAUGCGCGCUACGUACGGUCUAGUUGCAUUCACUUCAAGCAAAACAAGGCUUCACAUCCUGGUGUAAUCGAAGGAUAUAAGGACCCCACGUUGGCUCUCUACCUCCACUGGGAUACUUAUUGGAACCUAGUCCAGCGGCGUAAAGUUGUCGAAGAGCGAUUACGACAAGGACGAUUCAGACCAGUGCCAAGUGAUAUCUCCAAAUCUAGUCUCGAGUCGAAGCUGAUCUGGAAAUACCUUGGCAACGAGCCCCCUAUUCACAUACGGAGGACGUUGGAUCAGUUCGGAUAUCCGAACCUACGAUCGACAGUCGCCAGAGAUGACGAUCAGAUGCUCUGGAAGAGGACGAAAAAGGUGGUUAAUCUGAACGAUGAGAUAAAGAUUUCCGAUCAACCCGAGGACCGACCCGAGGCAAAGAAUGCAUUCAUGGACGGAAAGGUCCUUAUGGUCGACCAGCUCUGGUUGUGGAUUGUUGACGAGAGGACCGUUGUCACAUUUUUCCCUAACCAGGAGGCUACCACGGCAGAGGGCAAGCUCUAUGAGCAGUCUAACCUCUACAACAGCAUUUAUAACGAGCUGAACGGCGACCUAGCGAGACGGUUCGAAACAGCCGGCGACCUUGCUUCCCUAAUAGUGUUACAUGCAGUCACCGUUCUUCUCGACCGGACACUUCAUCGUGACCUACAGAUACUCCGGAUAUUCGAAGAAUCCAUCAGCAUUCUAACCGAAAUCGUGACCAAAUCGUUCAAACGCUUUCGAAACCGCGGCUUCAACACUCGCCCCGCAGACUAUAACAAGAACGCCGAAGGAAGACCAAUGUCCGCUGCAGAACGCGAUGAGAGAGAUAACAAAGUAGCCAGACGAAACCGGGAAGACCUCUCUACAUUGUUAGAGCUACGGGAUAUUGUAGACGAGCUAGGAACCAUUCUUAAACUCCUAGAGCAACAAACGGCCACCGUCACAGCCAUGACCAGCUACUUCGAACAGAAAGGCUGCGGGAAAGUAUUCAUCGAAUCAGCCCUCUCUAGACUCGACGAGUAUCGCAGCCAGGUCCUCGAUAUGCGAGAGAACGCGACUCUCGCCCAAAAAGCGGUCGAAAACCUCCUCGAUCUCAAACAAAAGCAAGCCAGCGUCGACGAAUCCCGCCUCGCCCGAUGGGAAGCAGAAGUGACCCAGGACCAAUCGCGAUCCGUCAUGGUCUUCACAAUCUUCACCAUCAUCUUCCUCCCCCUCUCCUUCUUCACCUCCCUAUUCGGCAUCAACGCCCGAGAAUGGAGCGGUACCCCCGAAAACCUCACCCUAGGCGAGAUGCUCUAUAUAGCAGGCCCCGCCUCCUUCGCAAUAAUCGUAAUAGCCCUCUUAAUCGCCUUCAACGAACGUCUCCGCGAGACUCUCUGGCGCGCUCAAAAGCUCAUCCUAGACAUCCUCGCCGAUUUUCUCCUCGCUCCAGUUACAUUACUUUUCCAGUGGAGGAGGAUGGCAGCAGCGUCGGCCAGGAAACCAGAACGCACGAAGGGCCGCUUGAAUAGAUAUAGACGGAAUCCGCUGAGAGAGUCACAGGAGGAUAUUUGGACAGAGCAUGAGGAUAAGAUGGUGGUGGCGGGUCCGGGGGUGAGGGAGGGGGAUGUGGAGGUGGAGCGGUAUGCGGAGAAGGGGAGGGAGAGGGGAGCGUUUUAG